AGGGAAUUUACUUGGUUAAGUCUUCUGCCCAAUAAUGGCAAGGUGGUUCUGCCUUCUGUGCAUCUUGGACUUUUAUUUCCAUUGUCCUUUAUUAUCCUAGCCUUAUUACAUUUUAUAAGUCCUGUUCUAGUAUUUUGCAACUUUGCAAUUGGUUCUGCAUUUCUUGUUACUUCUUCAAGCUUCAAGAGCUGAAAGUUUGGGGAGUUUGGACAAAAGCAGCUUCAAAUGGCUAGGAAGACUGAGCAUCCAGCAAGAAGAGAAGCAUUUUUCAAGGCCCUUAUGGGUGAUUUUUCUCAGCAUCUGCGUAUACCAUCAGCGUUUAUCAAGAACUUGAACAGACGCUCACUGCACAUAUGUCGUCUUAAAGGCCCUAGUGGACAAUGUUGGGUUGUGGAAUUGGAAAAGAGAGGCAAUCGAUUGUUUUUCCAUAAGGGUUGGGAGGAAUUUGUGAAGCAUCAUCCUCUAGAAGUUGGGGAUUUUCUGAUUUUCGGUUACGAUGGUGUGUCCAUGUUCGAUGUGACCAUAUAUGGCAAAACUUUCUGUGAGAAGAAUGUAAAAGCAGCCAAGAGGAGAAGUGACAGUAAUGGUAUUGCUGCCAAAAGAAGUGGUAAGUUGCCAAGGAGAAGUGACAGUCAUGCUGACAAAAGAAGGGCAGUUGAUGAUGUAGAAGAAACUUCUGUUCGACCCAUUCCAUUCCAAUCAAAGAAUUCUUUUAUCUGUAGAGUUUUGAAGGCACGUACAUUGUAUGAAGUGUAUAUUCCGAUGGAAGUAGUCAUAGCGGAAGGUUUAAAGGCUGGGAUGGCCAUAAAGAUUCAAGAUACAUUUGGGAUGUCAUGGCAUCUUAGACUCCGUGCUAACCAUGAUCGUGUGCUGAUGAGGUUGGGCUUGUCAAAUAUAUGCAAAGCAAACAAAACUUCACAUGGGGACACUGUGAUCUUUGAGUUUGUCAAGCCAAGAGUAGUGCAACUUCAUAUUAUCAGAGCAGGAGCUUACUAGCAGCCUCUGAUGCAUACUGAAACUAUAGCUAGUCUUUCCAAAAUAAUGUAAUUCCGCACUAGUACGUACUGAUGAGACAAUUUUACAUCAAGUUAGUUGUGUGUGUAUUAUGCAGACAUGACUGCUAAGAUUCUAUGCUUUUGUUUGAC